CAGUCAACAGAGCCCGGCUGGCGGCAGGACAAAGUGGGUAAGUCCUUGUUUCCCGUGAUAUUUCACCAUUUCCUUUGGCAUUUGGACAGUCGGCGUCUUCGAGGACUGCGCCUGCAGCUUAGUCUGUUGAGAAUAAGUCUCGUUCCUGCCAAGAAGCUUGGAUGCCCAGAUCCCUUCGUCGGAGAACCGCUAUGUCGAAUGUGGAACUUGCACCAAUGGCAAAUAUCAGAGAAACAGAUGUUGAAUUGAUUGGGGAGGAAAAUGGCAAUCCCAAUCCCAGACGUGGAGCAGAUGAUGGGAUUGAUGAUGGCUUUGAAGAUCCUACCAGCAAUAAACCUACAAAUGGAGGUCCUCGCACACCAGUUCCUCGCACACCAGUUCCUCGGUCCCCAUCUCCUGCCCCAGGUCCUGGGAGGGGAGGGUAUAUCCCAGUGCCUACAGAUCCAGCGCUUGGGGGAAAACCUGGAAGGAAGCCACUGGAUGUCAAUACUUAUGCGACAAAGAAAACUGUUGCUCAAGGGAUGAUGGAUUUAGCUUUGCUUACUGCCAACGCAAAUCAGCUCCGUUAUGUGAUUGAAUCUGGGAAGUAUGGCAAUACUGAUGUUAAUUACUAUGUCAGCAUGGUUCUCAUCAUUAUCAGUAUCAUCAUGCAGUUGGUUAUAGGAAUUGCCCUCAUAUUUAUGGGAAGAUAUGAUGUGUCUCGUGAGCACCAUGCAGUGAAAGCUGACAGGUUGAAUAACUGGGUUGUACUUGGAGUUUUUCUCAUCACCAUCAUUAAUGUGUUUGUUUCGUCAUUUGCUAUUGAACCUAUGAGUCCUUCCCUCCUGAGAAGUGCCUUAGCUGAGUCUGCUGAAAGAGUCACAGAGAGAAUAGUUCAACAGUGAUGCCUUCCUUGUUUUCAUAGAUCAGAGUAGAUGAUAUGGCAGGAUUAAAACUUGAUUAUCAUGUCCAGUAUUCUGAUAUAUUUAGAUUGUGAUGAAUUUUGGAAAAUAAUUGAUAAUGUUUUUUGUAAGUUCCCUAAUACAAAUAUAGUGGGCACUAAUGUCACGGUGCUUUUUUUUAUGAUAUUUAUGUGUUUUAGGACGACACACACAUCUUGUAAUAAUGUGGUAUUCUGUUGAUUUUCCACUAACAUGAUGCUUUAGGCAGAUCAUAAGAGAUUCAUAUAUUUUGGUAUUUUUGUACUAAUAAGUUUUGUUUUUAAUAUUUAUAUAUUUAUACAUUUUAGAAUAUUUGAAAAACUUGACUUAGAUAACCUUUUUCAGAUGCUCAAAUUUAGAGUUGAUUCUCAUAAAAGACAGUUAUUUUCAGUAGCUUAUACCUAAUACUCGGGCAUUUUGCAACACCGGCUGUCAACUGGCACUUACUUUGCUUUAAGAAGCCAACAGCAGGCAUUUAAUAGUCACUGAUGUUAUUGGUAUUGCAGCUGGCAAUAUUCCUUAAAAUUUAUUGUGUUCAAUCAACUUCUUUAUUGUGAUACUAAAUUACAGUAAUUUUUUUAUUCUAUAGAUAUGCAAAAAAUUUUUCACUUGAUUUUUACCAGUCUGGACAAAUAUUUUUUACUUAUAUGUGCUGUCACUUGUCAUUUGGACUUGCUGUCAUGUACUGUAUGGGGAAGUGUAAGGAAAGGAAUGGAAAGCUGUUAUGGUGUGUUGUCAAAUAUGCUAUUCAUGAUUGACAGUAACUCCUUUUGCUUCAGGGAGGUUAAGUAAUGAGGAAGUACUGUGCAAUUGAUCUAAACUGAAUUAAACUAAAUAUUACCUCUUCAUUUUGCUAUAGGUCCAUAAACCUUUGGUUUAUAGACAUACAGGUUUCAUUAGUUCUAGAAUUGUAAAUUUUUGCCAAGAACUCCAAAAUUGCCUUGUCACAGAGAGAUAGGGUAGCUAGAGUGUACAUUAUAUUUUAAAGAAUCAAUUAUGUUAUCUUUUUUAGUACAGUAAAAAAUAUAAACUUAACAUUACUCUAAAUAAUUUUGAAAGGCAAUUAGGUAAGUAAAUGAUAAGGACACAUGCUUUUUUUAAAUCAAAUCUUGAAUUGCUGAGAUUUUGUUUUAGCUAGGACAAAAAGUAGAAAUUGAAACUUCAUGUUGCCUUGAACAUAAUAUUGCACAUAAUAUUGUUCAUGAACAAUAAGAGAAAUUUGCUUAGCAAAAUGCCCUGUGCAAGUGGUGUUAGCAGUAUACCUCAAGUGCUGGCAUUUCCCUUUUAGUUGAUUGAGUUACUAUUUGUCCAUUUUAUACCUGCCUAUUACUGAUUAUACUAUACUUCAAAAAAGAGAAUGAAGUUUGGGUAAAAUAAUCUGUUAUAUUUUUCCUUAUAUGUACCCCUGUACAGGCUAUUUUUGUUAUGUACAGGUUCUAGCCAUUUUAGAAAAUAAUGUUUUUUAUUUAUUUAUUGUUUCAGUAUAUCAGUAUCUUUAAAAUUAGAAUAGUUAUUGUUAAUAUUUAUAUUUGUUUGGGACAAAAUUUCCUUUUAGAAUUCAUGUUUGUUUGUGAAUUACUUUAUUAUUAUAUCCAUUUAUCAAGAGCAUAUAGCAUAUACAGUAUAUAUUCCAUUUAAUGGAACUUUUAUAUUUACUUGUUUAAUCUGUAUUUGUUAUAGUUUGUUAUAUACAUAUAUAAAGCACUGUAUGCCAUUUUACCAGUGGGAAAUUAAAUUGUAAUAUGUUUAAGAAGUCAGAAUUCUAAAGAUAUUCGACUUCUCUGAUGCAUUUUACAUAAUACCUGCCUAGUGCCUAAAACAUACCGAAGGUGGCUUAAUAGUGCAUCUCUGGAACAGCUUAAAAAGCUCUUAACCUUUCACAUGUAUUAGAUGUAGUUAAAGUACAAAUUUGAAAUGCCAUAAUUUUGGUGUGAUCAUGUGUGGCUUUUUAGCUGGUAAAAUUUUACCAGGUCAAUAAUCCAACCAUACUUGAUAGUAGUGAGGCCUUGUCAGAUCUCUUCUUCAGUGCAUUUUGAACAAGUGCAUGGCAAAUCAUUAUGGUUUUUUUUCAUGCUUUCAUCACAAUGUGAAUAAUUUCCAGCAGGUGCAAAGAUUUAAAUCUACUUAGCAUUGCAUUUUUCCUUAGUUUUAUACAUUACUGAGUGUUAUUUUAUCUGUGCAGUUAAAAUCUGUAUUUCAUUCUCAUGACUAUAAUCCUUUUGUUGUUUAUAUUUGAAUAAUGUACUGAGAUAUUCCCAUUUCUUGUUUACUAUUGUCAUACUUAUGACUCCUCAUAUGCAGCUAGCAGUUAUCAAAUAACCUUUAGAUCCUUUUACAUUAUCAUUAUUUUUGGGAUCUUUUUAACUUGCUGUACAGCUACUCCAGCUCCCUCUUUUCAAUGUUGUAAAUGUUCCGUGGCUGAGAGUCCAGUGCUUGGCUUGACAGCUUAAAUAUCAUGAAAUUCAAUCAAGCCUGACUUUGAAAGUAGACAUCCUUAUGUGCUGUAUAAUAUUUGCAAAGUUUAAAAAAAGCACUGCAUGUAUCGUGAGAAGAUUGACAAAUAAUUUUUCAGAUACUAUGUUAAUAUUUUGCACUUGAACUCUGUGAUCUGGUUAAACUACUUGAAUAUUACUCAUUUUGUACUUAGAUGAUGUUUAUAAUUUAAAAUUUUAUAUACAUAAAGACAUCUGACAACAAGAAAUUAUCUCUAGA